AUUUAUAUGCUGGGGUUAUUUGAUUUGUUGUAGGGUGUUCAUGUUAUUCCUAAUGAAAUAGCUGCUCUUCGUGGGAUGUCUAUGUUGUUUCAAAUUGUCAUGAAAAAGGAGCAAGUGGACAAUUACUAUUCAGCUUUUACAGUGUUGAGAAUCUGUAGGGAUGAGGUAGUCUUGACACAACAUUGUUCAGGUUUAUUUGAUAGAAAUGAAGGUGAUUUGGUUGCUACUAAUGGUGGUGAUUGGUUGGAUUUUGAAGACAAUUCUGAGGAUGGGAUUGUGAGUGAUGAUGAUGGAAGUCGUGGACUGGAUGCUAUGUAUAAAGAAAUGGAGAAGGAUAAAAUUGUUGAUUUGGGUGACAGUGAUGGGGCUUCCAGCAGUGAACAAGCUACGCUUCCCCUGAAGCGUUGUCUCAUUGAUGUUUUUGAUUGUGUUGGAGGAACUUCAAAGAAGGCUAAGGAAAUUGUUGUGAAGCUGGAAAAGAUGUAGUUUGGAUAAGGUGUUUGUGGUUGUUGUGAAGGUGGAAAAGUAGUACCUUAUGUUUAAUCUUUUGCUUAAUAUAAUGGUUGUAGUAAGUAAAAAUGGUAUGUUUGGGGUGUUUUUGGGUGCUGUAUUUUGGCAACUGUUUUGGCCAUUGAAUUGUAAGGGCGGCUUAAAGGCCCUGGUAGGUUGUAAAAUGGCUUUCUUUUGGGUUUUGGCAACUGUUUUGAAAUUGGCCAUUUUAUUCUAAGAUCUUGGCCAUUGUAUUGUAAGGGCUGCUUAAAGGCCUAAAAUGAUCUACUUUGAAUAUAUCCUAUAUUUGAAUCUUA